CGUCAGUCAAGUGCGACAGUCGCUUCGAAACCCAACUACCGGUACUAUUCACUGAUUCAGUGGACGACAUACGAUCGCGCCUAUUUUUUGAAAUUUGGUUUUUGGUGAUUUCAAACAAAUUAAUAACGCAAUGGACUUGCAACCUAACGAGAAGCAGUAUAACGUAGGUAAUGGUGAGCAGCCGCACCAACCUUGGUACGGAUCGAAGUCUAGUUGUGUUUCAGAAAAAAGCAAUGGUGACAGUUUCAUGACUUUCCAGUCGAAGGACCCCAUAAUCUCCAUACCGCUCGAAGAAAAAGUUCCUAAGGAUAAAGUUCCUGGCAGUGGCGGCGCGCACGGGCACGGAAUGCCCGUCGAACACCCGACGUCAUUCGUCGAAUCGCUUAUGCACUUACUUAAAGGAAACGUAGGAUCGGGAAUUUUCGCAAUGGGUGACGCUAUAAGAAAUGCCGGUAUAAUCGUCGGUCCAGUGGUCAUCCUAAUUCUUGGGGUCAUGUGUACCCACUGUCAACAUUUGCUGUUAUCAGCCGCCAAGAACUUAACUGAGGAGAAACAACUAAAGGUCAGCCCGGACUUUGCGGAAACAGUUGAGCUGUGUUUCGCUAACGGACCGUCCAAAACCCAAUGGCUGGCGAAGACUAUGAAGAGGAUAGUAAACGUAUUCCUCUGUGUCACGCAGCUCGGAUUCUGCUGCGUUUAUUUCGUAUUUAUUUCGGAAAAUAUCAAGCAGAUCCUGGACUACUAUGGCUACGUCCUGGAUGUUCACUUCCAUAUGGCAAUUAUUUUGCUGCCGAUAUUGUUGACCGCUCUAAUACGAAACCUGAAGUAUCUGGCGCCAUUUUCGACGUUAGCAAACGGUCUAAUGGUAGUCGGAAUGCUAAUCGUACUCUAUUAUGCGAGCCAAGAUAUUCCUCCCGUUUCGCAAAGGGACUACAUUGCCGAUUGGAAGCAACUGCCUCUGUUUUUCGGCACUGCAAUUUACGCCUUCGAAGGAAUCGGAUUGGUAUUGCCAUUACAAAACGAAAUGAAAGAACCCGCCAAGUUUAGCAAACCGUUCGGGGUACUUAACGUUGGCAUGGUAGCCGUCACCACAAUGUACAUAGUGGUCGGAUGCUUGAGUUUCCUCAAAUAUGGAGACGAUAUUCAAGGAAGUGUGACUCUUAAUCUCCCUGCAGGAGAAAUCCUUGCCCAAUGUGUCAAAGUUGUCAUACCAUGCGCGAUACUGCUGACGUACGCUUUGCAGUUUUAUAUAGCCGUCGAGAUUAUUUGGCCGAAUGUCGCGGCCUUUUUGGGACCUGUGAAAUACCCAGUUUUUGCUGAACUAGCUUUCAGAUCAUUACUUGUAUUGGUUACUUUUAUUCUGGCGGAAGCUAUUCCAUUCCUGGGUCUUUUUAUAUCGCUGGUGGGGGCGGUCAGCAGUUCGGCACUGGCGCUAAUAUUCCCGGCCAUCAUAGACAUCGUUUGCGCAAGCGGUUUCAAUCGGCUAACCAAAUUCGUAUUGAUCAAAGAUUCGAUCAUUAUUUUCAUAGGAGCUCUCGGAACGCUCACGGGAGGUUACGAAAGUAUUUCCGCAAUAGUAAAGGCUUUUGGAUCAGGCGAGAGUUAGGAGAUCUGCGCUGCUAACCCUGGAAGUUGACAAUAAAUGGAACUUGCGUUGGUAGGCGAGCCACAACUACGACGAGAAAAAACGACACUUUGAAACGAGUGAGAGUGUAAUUUAUUACAUGUACAUUGCAUAUGGUAUAAAGUAUUACCAUAGGUAAUGGGGUAAUAUGGCCAGCGUUGAAAUGUAUUACUUACCGUAAAAGUAUUAUUAGUAGUUCUUGAUGAGCGAAUAACAUAAAUAAAGAUACAUUCUGAUUCAACGUUUCUGAAAACGCAAAACCAAUAAAUUUAUUUUUAAAAAUUGUCUAUUAUGGACCGAAAACUUUUCGUACGACCAGCUGCAUAUUGACGGAGGCACUUUCAGGCGUAUUCAGUGAUACCAAUGUCUUUCCUGAACAUUUGAGGUGCAGCAUUAAUAUUCAGUAUUAAGAAAAUGCAAACUGCAUCGGUCUUAAGGUAUGUUGAUGUUGUUGAAUUGUAUGCGAGUUGACUAUUUUUUAAUAGAAUACUCAGCAGAAGAAACAGAGUGUGGACCAUAUGUUCUUCCGGGCCAUAUUACCCUUAGGUACCUCAUUAUACUAUUAGUUUUACUUAUUUUUUGUAGAUUUCGUUAGACUUUAAAACAAUUUGUGAUACUUUUUACAUACAUUUUUUUAAAGGAGUUUAUGUCUUUUACAAUAAAAUGACUUCUUUGAGAGAA